AACUUUCUGGAGAAAACUCUUCAAAAACUUUUUUAAAAAACUUUCUAAAAGUGAAAACUUUCCAAACUUUAAAGAACUUUCUAGGGGGAAACUUUUCAAGGCAAACUCUUCGAAAAGAUUCAGACUCUUCAAGGGGUAAACUCUUCGCAAAAUUUCAUAACUUUCUGGGGAAGCUAUUCGAAAACUUGCUUGCGGGGGAGAAGUUAAAAGAAAGGCUCAAAAAAGAAGCGGAGGUGAAAGCGACUUCCAGCGCAGGCAUGGAAGAUAAUGCUUCGUACGAGAUAGGACAUUAGUAUAAACCUCAUCGACUUCUCCGGUGGACCAUCUUGCUCUCGCUCUCUGUCCGAUCCCUCGCCCGGCUUCGAGCUCCGCCCUCAGUUCUCCGAGGAUAACAAGGGUUUUCCUUGGGCAGUGAUCGAUCAUGUUUGGCUGGAUGUGCCGGCUUUUUAAGAAACUUAAGCUGGGGAUCGACGCUCAGCCUCUCACCCCGAGGGAUAAGUUGAAGAAGACACUCGAAAAGCUGAAGAAAAAAGCGCAGACUUACAAAAAGAAGGCUUCUCAAGAGGUUAAGAAAGCGAAGAAGUCUUUCAGAGCAAGAGAUAGGGGGGCUGCAAAUCUAUGCUUGAAGAGGAAGAGCCUGUAUGAACAGCAGAUUGAGCUGCUUGGGAAUUCCCAAUUUCAGAUUGAGGAACUGAUAAUAAAGUUGGAAGGAGUAAAAACAACAACUGAAACUGUGGAUGCUCUGAAAAUUGGAGCAGCAGCAAUGCAAGAAAUGCAGAAGGCGACAAAUAUUGAUGAUGGGGACAAGAACAUGGAUGAGACUAAAGAAGUAAUGACAAACGUGAAACUAAUUCAAGCUUCAUUGCGAACUCCUUCUGGUGCAGCCACUGAGUUCAAUGAGGAUAAAGUUGAGGCAAAGCUCAAAGAACGGGAAGGAGCUGACCCUGUUCCUCAGAGGACAGCUGAGAAGGAUGAACUUGCUGAUUCGCAAGCUGAGAUGGCACUUUGAGCAGGUCUUGCUGCUCAUAGUUUACUGAGGCUGUGUAAAGAUGCCAAACCUGUAUUAUGGAUAUUCCCGCUGCUGUGCUGCUACGCAUUUGCAUCGAUAUUUUUGUUACUAGAUACAGUGGAAUUUCAUUUAAUUGGAGACGAACCCCAACAGUAGCUUCUCAAGUCUUCACCAACUUACGAAGUUGGACUGUGCUGUUCAUAAUUUGUACUUCAAUCUUGAUUGGGCUUCUUAAAUUCGACCUAGACAGAUUUGAUCUUCCUCUGAAGUACUAUACUAGUGUGUAUGGAUAUCUAUAAUCUGGUCAUACAUCCCAGAAGAGCAAAUAAAGGCCUGAUUUCUAUUUGUUA